UUGGGAUACAACUGCUAAAGGGCGUACAACUUAAAAGAACUCUCACGAAAUGUUUACAAUCACAAGGAAGUGUUUUCUUCAGUUGUCUUUUGUGUCCUUGUUCUAACACUGUGGUAAUACACACACAAAGGAGCAGACGUCAUUAUAUAUCACAAACCCUAGAGUGGAGAAAAUGAAAUUCAUAUUAUAUCAUCCAAAAUUACACCAUUGUGUGGAUCAAUGUGCCUGGAAGAAAUAAGAUUUAGCUUACAAUGAACCAAUUCUGGCUUCUAUGAAAAGAAAUUCACCCAUCUCAAGAACAUUUUGUCAGAUGCCAAAAGGUUGUGGACAAUGUUCCUCAAUCUAAGACUGUGGCCAUCAUUUACAGUCACAAAAGAGUUCAUCUUGAGAUUUAACCGAACACAGGAUUUCGUGAACAAGGAAAAAUUGUUGGAACAAGCUAGAAAAAAUAUUCUCAGAUGUAAGAGAAAAUUGGGUCUGAAAACUCUGGGCUCUGGGAAGCAUGUGCAUCUACCUUCUGCGUGGAUUGAAGUGACAUAUCUGGCUCAGUGCAAGGGAGAAAUCCAAGACGAAGCUCUCAGCAUGCUCUAUGCUUCUCUGGACCAUGCUUCCUUCGAUUAUGACCAGCUGCCUGCUUUGUUUUUUGUGGCCGAGUCAGUUUUAUAUAGGCUUUGUUGUGAUGCAUUCAAGAAGGCAUUUUUAUAUUCAGUUGAGAUAAAGUUGGCAAAGAUUGGCUAUUUGAUCUUCUUACGACUCUUUGUAUUUUUCCUGCACGGUCACCUGGAAAGUUUCAAAGAACAUUUACUUAGGCUCCGACCAUAUUUAUUUGCACUUUCUUCUUCUGAAGUAUCCUAUUACAAGUAUCCAAACAUCUUUUCAAAUGUGCAAUUCAUCCUGAAAACAGCGGAAAUUAUAUAUAAAAGAGAACUCCUUGAAUCAACUUUCAGCACUGUGGGAAAUAUGGAAGGAAAUGAAAAUAACUUUCCUGAUACGGACCAUUUGCAAUUGAAUCAAGGAGGAUAUAAAGUUAACCACCUGCUCUGGCAUUGUGUUGCUGCUUGGUCUUGUGUUCAGAAUAAUAGUCCUCAACUGAAAGAUGUGCUGGAGCAUCUCAUCUCCUAUAAAACACAACUUCAAAAGAAAUGCUGGCUGGAUACAGAACUGGCUUUGCUUGUCCUUGGGGAGGCUGCCAAAUUGAACAUGGCCUGCUUGAAAACUUUAAUGGACCUAAUGAGAGACUUUCUUUCAAGCAUUUUGUCUACUCAGAGUCAGGAAGAAAGCUAUAAGGAAGCUUACCUUUCCUGGGCCUGGAAUAUAGUCUAUAUAUAUACAACGAUUAUUGCAGAAAUCUGCUUGUAUGCAGCCACUUCUGAUUUGAGAAAAACUGCUUUAAUUGGGUUCUGUAACUGUAAGAGUGCACAGAAAGCUUAUUUCCCAAAGGAAAAAUCAGAACAACCAGAAUUACAGCAAACAAAUAUUUUAAGUCUUUUGGAAUAUUUCUCUUCAAAAAUAUCAGAUAAUUGUGAUCAAGUAGUCUGGAUUGGAUACUAUGGCUUAGUGUAUAAUCUGGUGAAAAUGGCCUGGGAACUUCAGGGUGAUGAGGAACAGGAUGGAUUUAGAAAUGUGAUAUGGGCAGUAUUACAAAAAACAAAGGAAAAUGAAAAAGAUACACGUAUCCAAAGUGCAAUAAACAUAGCCCAGGCUGAAUUAAAUGACCAGGCUGAUCCUUUCACUAGAUACAGCAUGAAAGUUCCAGUAAGCUCAGGGGAAGAAGUUUUUGCUAAAUACAUUGGAUGGAGAAUUGCCAACACGCUUUCCAAACUAUUCUUUCCUUCUCCCAAUGACCCCAUGCCGCCUUUGAAGAAACCAGGCAGAAAACGCCCGGAAAUGAAAUAUCCGAGUAAAAAACAGGAGCCCAUGAAAAAGAGAGUUAUACACUAUUCUAUCAGGGAAUCUCGGGGAUUGGAAGUUCCUUUGUUCCCAUAUCCAGAUUACUUCACCCGGGAGGAUAAAGAGUUGGCAAAAAUCAUUGACCACUAUUGGCAGGAGGAGAUGAAGAUUAGGAAGGAGCAAGAAGCAAUAUUGGAGGCCAAAGAAUUGAAAGAGAAACAGUUAGAAGAAGAAACUCGCUUUCAAGAAAUUAUGAAGAAAAGAGAAGAGAAACUGCAUAAGCAAACCAAACCAUACGAGCUUCCUUCAAAGACAACAGUAAUUUCAUAGAGCAAAAAAGACUCACAAAUACAUGGAAAUCCAUCUGCCAGAAAUUAAUAUCAGAAAAACCGCAACAUGGAGAUUGCUGCAUGUUAUGGAAAACUCUUUGCAAUAAAUUAAAGGCCAUUUUUAGGGGAAAAGAAUUUUAUUCUGGUGUGAGAUGUGUCAUACUUAUGCCUUAGUUCAACAUCAUUAAUCUUUAUCAUUAAUCACACGAGGAAAAUUACUUCACCAGUUAAAAUUCCCACAUCUAUUGCUUCUUUCUUGCUUCUUUUCUUCUGAUAAUACAGAAUUCCUGUUCAAUCAACCUCACUGUUGGUAUUCUCUGCAC